AGAUGCCGACAGCCUUGUGUUGAAAUAGAGAAUCAGCAGUGUAUCACAGUUGUAUUGACUUCAUCAUGAGCGAUUCUUUGCUUCGCUGGACUGUUGAUAAGUUAAAGCAUGGGUUUGGAUUGGAUGCAAGCGAUGACAUUGUACAGUACAUCCUAUCCAUUGACAAUGCCGAUGAAAUAGUGGAGUAUGUUGGAGAUCUCUUGCAAGGAACUGAGGGAAACAAGCAAGAGUUUGUGGAUGAGCUGGUGCAGAGAUGGCAGAGGUGUCAGACGCAAACAUCUGAUGGUCUGGGGGGAGUCCUCAGGAAAGAGGUGGUCAUGGAGGAACUAGACACAGCUCCUAAAGACACCCAGAAGAAGUCCAAACGAAAGGGAAGAAACAAGCAAGAGAUUGUGACCGUCUCACAGGCUGAGCCAGAACCUGUCAGAACUCCCAUUGACUUAAUGAAGGCACAAGAGAGCAGCAACUCCAGCUCGGUGAAAAAGAAGAGCAAGUUUGUGAAUCUGUAUGCUAAAGAGGGAAAAGACAAGCUGGCUGUUCUUCUGCCUGGCCGUCAAGCCUGCGAGUGUCUGGCUCAAAAACACAGACUCAUCAACAACUGUCUGAGCUGCGGACGAAUCGUGUGUGAGCAGGAGGGCUCUGGCCCCUGUUUGUUCUGCGGCAGUCUGGUGUGCACCAAUGAGGAGCAAGAGAUAUUGCAGAGGGACUCCAACAAGAGCCAAAAGCUCCGCAAAAAACUGAUGGGAGAGGGAACCGAGCGAGAGUAUCUGCCCCACCAAGAGUCCAAGAUGAAGGCUGGUCUGGAAAAAGCUGUGAAGCACAAAGAUAAGCUACUGGAGUUUGACAAGAACAGUGUUAAGAGAACACAAGUCUUGGAUGAUGAAUCCGAUUAUUUUGCUACGGAUUCCAACCAGUGGCUUUCUCCAGGAGAGCGGGAGGCAUUACGGAAGCGAGAGGAAGAACUCCGAGAGCUUCGACAUGCUUCCCGCAAAGACCGCAAAAUCACGCUAGACUUUGCAGGUAGACGAGUGCUGGACGAAGGCGAGAAUUUGUCGCCAUACUAUCAAAAGUUUGACGAGACUGUCAAGGCCAUCAACACUGGUUCUUUUGGCCAGAAGGCAAAACAUUCAGCUCCUGCUGAUCGACAGCACUUCAGAGAGCUCGUCAACCCCAAUAUUCUACAGUCUGCACCAGAGUGGGUUGACGUGGCCAGUAGCAAUCCCUCCCGUAAGUCUUCAUCAAAGGCAGCGAGCGGUAAAGAGACAAGUGAGCGCAGCCGACUCAGACUGCAGGACAAAGAGCUGCAGGAGAUUGCAGACGGCGGCUGGUGUCUCAGCAUGCAUCAGCCAUGGGCUUCACUGCUCGUUAAAGGCAUAAAAAGGGUGGAGGGCAGAACAUGGUAUACAUCCCAUAGGGGGCGCCUGUGGAUUGCAGCAGCAGCUAACAGACCCACUCCUCAAGAAAUUGCAGAGGUAGAGGCCAUGUACCGCCACCUUUACAAGCAUGAGCCCCAGUUUCCUGCAGAGUAUCCCACUGGCUGUUUGCUGGGCUGCGUGAAUGUCUCCGAUUGUCUUUCUCAGGAGCAAUUCAGAGAACAGUAUCCCCAGAUCAGCGAGGAGUCGACUUCUCCAUUUGUCUUCAUUUGCUCCAACCCCCAGGAGUUGGUGGUGAAAUUUCCCAUGAAAGGGAAACACAAGAUUUGGAAACUGGAGAGCCAGAGCCACCAAAGUGCCAAGAAGUGUUUAAUGCAGCCAGCGUGACCUGAACAAAGCCACGGCGGUCAAGAGACAAGGAACAGAGGAUCCCUGUGGAAGCCUCACGUUGGCUGUGUGUGUCAGGCUACACUGGGAAUUGUAACACAGAGCUACAAAUGGUGAUGAAUGAAUCUUAUGAAUAACCAAAUUAAUACUUGUUGGAUUCUUUCUGAAAUAAAAUGUUUAAGGGGA